GGCUAAAUAUGGUCAAUAUUAUUUACAGACACAAAAAAUGUUUACCUACAAAGAUCCAUUUGUUUUUUAUUGUUGUUAUCAUUUGUUAUCUUACUAGCAAUUUAAAUUGUCGAUUUGUUAAUAAUGUUCUAAUUUUUAAGUUUUGGUAUAUGUUCGUAUAUCAAUAAAAUGGAUCUUUUAAAAGCCGAAAUAGAAAAGAAAAGAAAGCAAUUAGAAGAUGCUAAUUUAGUUAAUCCUAAUCGAAAAUACUUUAAAAGAGCUGAUUUAUUAUCUAAAGAACGAGAAGAGUAUUUGAAAAAAAGUACUGUAAAGAUCGAAGGUCUUGAAAAUCCUAUAGAAAAAUUUUCUUCAGGUUCUGAUGAAAGUAAUAAUGCCACAUCAGAAAAACAAACUUUGUCUAGAAAAGAAGUCAUUCGUAGAUUGAGAGACCGUGGUGAACCUAUUACAUUAUUUGGAGAAUCAGAAUUUGAUUCUUUUAAAAGGCUUCGUAGAAGUGAAGUUGCUGAACCAGAAUCAAAUAAGGGUUUUAGAAAUGAUUUCCAAGAAGCAUUGGAAAAAGUUGAUCAAGACUAUUUAGAUGAAUUAAUGACAAAUCAAGUUCCCGAAAAAACUUAUACUGAGCUGGAAAGCAUGGAAGAAGCAAUGGCUACCUAUGAAACUAUUCAAUCUAAAGCUGGAAUUUUAGGAAGGAGACGUGAUCGAUCUCAAGAUAUGGAAAUUAUUCUUCAACUUUUGCAACUGAUACUGAAAAUGUGGGAAGUUCAAUUGAAUGCAAGAUCUGUUAAAGAAAAAGCUAGUACUAAAGGAAAAUUAUCAUUAGCUACUUAUAAUCAAACACUAAUUUAUUUAAAACCAUUAUUAAGGAAAUUAAAAAACAGCAGUCUACCUGAUGAUAUUUUGGAUAGUCUUACCCUUAUUACUAAACACAUGUUGGAAAAAGAUUAUUUAAGAGCAAGUGAUGCAUACUUGGAAAUGGCUAUAGGAAAUGCUCCAUGGCCAAUUGGAGUGACUAUGGUUGGUAUUCAUGCUCGUACUGGUCGAGAAAAGAUUUUCUCUAAAAAUGUAGCUCAUGUGCUAAAUGAUGAAACACAACGAAAAUAUAUUCAAGCAUUAAAACGUUUAAUGACUAAAUGCCAAAUAUUUUUUCCUACUGAUCCAUCCCGAUGUGUUGAAUAUGCACCAGAUACAUAAAAAAACAAACUCUCAUAACAUGGAAAUAUUCGUAAAAUGUAUUAUUAAGAAAUUAUUAAUGAAUGAUGUACAUAAAUAAGACUAAUAAAAUAAAUGACUAUUA